AUGACGGGGACCAUUGGGAAGUUGCUGGCUUGUCUCAAUCGUCAGACUGAAGUUUCAGACCAUGCCCAAAUUGAUUUCAAUGUUUACUGUGACUAUUCUUUCGGUAAAACAUUUGGAUUCCUCGACAAAGAAGAAGACUAUCACAAUCUUAUUGCUACUGUCGAUGCAAGAGGAGAGGUUCUAAAUACCUUAGGCCAUCUCCCAAAAUGCCGAGAAUGCUACCAACGCCGAGGCGCCGGAGACGAGCAGAAAGAUCUACUUUGGUUCUUGUUCAAAGCCAAGGAUCCGGAAACCGGACAGCCACUACCGGAGCAAGAAUUAAUCGCUGAGUCCAACUCUUUCAUUGUUGGCGGAAGUGAUACCACAAGUAAGACAUCGACAGAUGUUGUGGAUACUGUGUCUCACCUGCCCAACAUAUAA